GCCAAUGACGUGAAAUAACGUCCUUGCUGGGCGCAUUCAGAGCAAGCCCCUAGGGGGCACAAGAUGGAAUCAUCUCACUCAACACCUGCCCACAUACCAAAACAAUCCAUCCAGGCAAGUUAUCGCGUUCACAUAGACAUCCACCCGAAAACAUGGACUUUCUCGGCAAAGGUGAGGAGUCGUUGGCACUGAUAUAUAGAAAUCAACAACUUGAAAAAAUGUGUUGAGCGAAUUAGGGAAAAACCGGUUAGACCCACUUAAUUAAGGUCAACAAGAUUAGCAUGAAAACAGCGUUGUCUAAAAUCCAGGUGUUGGUACACCACACUUACCACAAACUUUAGCCGAAUUCGAGAAGGGAAACCAUGGACGCGAAACUUACAAUGAUAGCUGCGAUGCUAUUCUUAUCAACGGCUUGUCAGACUUUAACUGCUGACAACACACAACACGGCCUGUCUCCAACCUACUGGGAAUUUGCGGAACAUUUCGUCGGUUUGGCUCGAAAUAAGCCGAUAAACUGGACUAUGGUGGAUCAGCUGGUCAACACCGAACAAGUCAGCCGACUGUGCUUCAGACAGAGCGCGAAACUUCACGAUGAUACUGUCGCGUCCAAGACUUACGCCGGUCGAAUGUUGGACAGUACUGGGAAGAGGGUCCCUUCGGGUCUGUUCGAAGGGAAGUGGAUUGACUUUGGUAGCUACCAGGGAUGUACGGUGGACGCCAACAACGCUCCUGACCUACCCUCAGACUUUCGAGCCACGUACUGUCGUCUGAACUGGGGAGGGAUACCAAAGGAGUUUGCAGCGGGUGUGAAGCAUUAUGUACAAGGCGUGUGCGUUCCGAGCAGCUGCGCGGAUGUGGACGUUACACGGUUGGCAAACGCAGGUCUCCUUGGCCUAAAACCCAUAGCAUCUUGGAAUAUUGAAGGAGUCUUGUGUCAGAGGGAAGAAGACUACGCCACUUACUCAAACAGUGCUGUCACUGCAAUUGUCGUCAUCGCGAUCAUUCUCUUGCUGUUGGUCAUCUCCGCACUCUACGAGUUCAUCUGUACAACCUGUCUCUCAGGAGACACAAAACGCCGUCUGGCAGAAGGCAAAACUGACCGUUUUUUGAAGUGCUUCUCUGUGUACCAAAACACCAAGAAGUUACUGGACACGUACCAGCAUCCAGGGCAACUUUCGACCCUUCAUGGCAUCCGGGUGAUCAGCUGUAUGUUAAUCAUCUACGGGCACACGAUAGUGAUGCAGGUUGACAUAGGUACAGUAUGUUAUCAUAAACGUCUAGCUGUGUUCGUAUGA